CAAGUAGUUUUUGCCUGGCGACCUCGCGCCCCCAAGCUGCCUCUGCAGCUUCUGAAACGCACUCCCAACGCCCUUUCUCCCUGGAGGUGGGAACUACAUCUCCCGGCAGGCAGCGUCGCCCCCUCCUUCCUCCCUCUCCAGCUCUGGAGCCCUGGCAGCCGCGUGACCCGAGGGUACCCGAGCUGCGGUCGCGGCUUCAGUUUUAUCUCCCCAGCUGCCUGGGAGGGAGCGGAACGAGAGGAGCCGCAGCCUCGCAUCGUCUCUGCGCUCUGGGGCGCUGAACCGCAGGCAACUCUUGAGCUGCUCCAGCUCCGCCGCGAGCGCCCCGCGGGGUAGCGCGCAUGGCCUCUGCGGGCGCGCGGCCGCUGCGGGCCGGGGUGCACGCGGCGGCCCAGCGCCCUGGCUGUCUCUUGCUCCGCCCGGCCCCGCCCCGGGGCCCUCCGAGACCACCGGGACCAAUGAGGUUUCUGAUCUCCUGUAGCCUCUUCUUGCCCCGCGCUGCACAGGCCUUGGCAGCGGAGGCCGGCUUACCCUCCAGUCGUUCCUUCAUGGGCUUUACUGCUCCCUUCACCAACAAGCGAAAGGCCUACUCGGAGCGCAGGAUCAUGGGGUACUCAAUGCAGGAGAUGUAUGAGGUGGUAGCCAAUGUCCAGGAGUAUCGUGAGUUUGUGCCCUGGUGUAAGAAGUCUCUGGUGGUAUCCAGCCGCAAGGGUCACCUGAAGGCUCAGUUGGAGGUGGGCUUUCCACCAGUCUUGGAGCGCUAUACCUCUGCGGUUUCCAUGGUCAAACCUCACAUGGUCAAGGCUGUUUGCACUGAUGGCAAGCUCUUCAACCACUUAGAGACUAUUUGGCGAUUCAGCCCUGGUAUUCCUGCCUAUCCCCGAACCUGCACUGUGGACUUUUCGAUUUCCUUUGAAUUUCGCUCUUUGCUGCACUCCCAGCUGGCCACCAUGUUUUUCGAUGAGGUUGUCAAGCAAAACGUUGCUGCUUUUGAGCGCCGGGCGGCCACCAAGUUUGGUCCAGAAACAGCUAUCCCUCGUGAACUGAUGUUCCAUGAGGUGCACCAGACUUGAGGCAAUGGAUUGUUCCCUAGCCUUCACUCACUCACUAGCCUCUCCACCCAAUUCUUUUAUUUAUUUGGUUUGGCUCCUACUCCAAUCUGAGAGGAGUCAGUAACACUGUUCCUCCUAUUCUCCAGAAAUUGGGCCCUGCACUGGCUGGAAAUGCUGGGGGAGAAAGGUAGAGGUUAUACAAGUUAGAUAUGCCCAGGAAAGGGUCAGUCUUAUCCCAGAAGUCCUGUAUGUCUGCAGCCUGUACACAGUGUUUUUUUUUUGAGACAGGGUUUCACUAAGCAGUUUAAGCUGGUCUUGAACUCACUUUAUGGCCCAGGCUGGCUUUGAAUUCACAGUGAUCUUCCUGCCUCAGCCUCCCCAAUGCUGGUAUUAUAGGCAUGCACCACACCUGGUUGUGCGGUUCUCUCUGGGUCCUGGCAGAACACCUUGAUAUCUCACUGGGAAGAGAACAAUUUCUUUUUUUUUCUUUUUGGUACCAGGGAUCAAACUCAUGAUCUUACACUUGUUAGGCAGGCACUUAAGCCGCUGAGCUAAAUCCCCAGCCACGAGAACAAUUUCUUGAACCCUUGAAUAAACUGAACUUCUCUUCUGAAACAGAGAUACUUGGUAGUAAAUAACUUUUGCCCUGCCUGAGGUUCCUCAGGAAAAACACUGCCUGCCCUCAGCUUGAAAUCCAUACUGCCUCAGUUCAAGAAUAUUUCCAAGUCAGGACCAGGGAUUUAGCUCAGUGGCGUAAGCACCAGCCUUACAAGUGGGCAGUCAUGAGUUCACUCCCCGGUACCAAAAAAAAAAAAAAACAAAAAACACUAUUUCUAAGUCAAGUGUGCUGGCACAGUCCUAUAAUCUCAGCAUUCAGGAGGCUGAGGCAGGAACAUCACCAGUUUGAGAUCAUUCUCAGCUAUACAGUGAGUUCAAGGCUGGCUCGGACUACAUAGUGAGACCCUACCUAAAAAAAAAAAAAAAAAAAGUGGUGGGGUGGGGAUGGUGGUGCCCACCUGUAGAGGAGUACCUCAAGUUUGAGGUCAGCCUGGACUGUACAAAACGACCCUGUCUCAAAAAACAAAAAAAAAAAUAAAAAGUAUUUCUGUGCUGCUACUAAGUAGUCAGUAACUGUCUUAGCAUAUCAAUGCCACAGGGCCAAAGAAAACACUAAAGAAGUUGUCUUUGUACUCUUGGAUUGAUUUGUACCUUAUUCUUCCAUAUGGCUUAAAUUUUUAUAAAAUUUCAAUAAAUUGUGAGUGUGAA